UACUUGAUUGUUGAAGCUCAUUUCUUUUUUUGUUUAGGUCUUUUUUUUUAUAAUUUAUUAUUCUUAAUAUAUUUUUAUAAUUUUCACCAUUAAUUAAUCAUCUUCAUCAUCACAAUUAACAUCUUGUAAUAUUUAUCGUUGAUUUGGUUUUGAUUGUUGUUUAUUUCAAGGGAUUAAUUGAGAUUCUCCUUUUUUUGUUUUGUUCUCUCUCUCUCUCUUUACAUAAUAUUGAUACUCUCUUUCUCUUUCAUUCUCUAUCUUUCUCUCUCUCUCUCUCAAAUCUUGUUGGAUUUAUUUGUUUUCUCUCUGUGGUUAAAUCUACCGGCUUAAAGUGAACCUUCUCGUGUAACCUUUUUCGUUUUUCUCUUCCCUUGGUUCACUUUGGAUUGAAAAGAAAACGUCUCUCAGUAUGUGGAAAAUCAGAGAAAUAGCUGAUAAAAUGACCAAUGUUGUCAUGAAUUACACCGAGAUUGAGGGUAAAGUAAGGGAAGCAACUAAUGAUGAUGCUUGGGGUCCAACAGGAUCAUUGAUGCAAGAAUUGGCCUCAUACACCUUCUCAUACGAUCAAUUUCCCGAAGUUAUGGGAAUGCUAUGGAAAAGAAUGUUACAAGAUAAUCGUCGUAAUUGGAGGCGAACAUACAAAUCGUUGAUAUUACUUCACUAUCUCAUCAAAUAUGGAUCUGAGAGAGUUAUAACCAGUGCAAGGGAGCACAUUUAUGAUCUGAGAAGUUUGGAGAAUUAUACCUUUGUCGAUGAACAUGGUAAAGAUAUGGGAAUAAAUAUUCGACAUCGAGCUAAGUCAUUGAUUGAAUUCAUCCAAGAUGAUGAUAAAUUAAGAGAUGAACGAAAAAAGGCUAAAAAAGCUAAAGACAAAUACAUUGGUGUCUCAUCUGGAUCAAUGUUUCCCUCACGUGAUAGUUGGUCGGAUACACCAAGAAGAUCGUUCGAUGAUUACGAGGAAAGCGAAAGUAGUAAACCAAGUUCCAAAUCUAAAUCAGGUGGAUUCCAUGAUGAUGAUACUAGUGAACCGGAAGAUGGUGAUUCAGAAUUCAAUAGCUACAAAAGUAGUAACAAUACUAAUUCUAAAUCAAAUCAACCACAAUCUGGAAGCGGUGGUAGUAGUGAAUCUUCACCGACCACUAUUACUGCUCCAUCGACUAUUAGUAAACCAUCUAGUGAGAGUCGUCCAUCAAAUCGAUCAGGUAAAACUGAGCCAAGCCGUAAAAUUGAUCUCGGUGCUGCAGCGAAUUAUGGUAAAAGCCAAACAAUCAAUAACUCUAAUGAUAAUAGUUUAAUAGGCAGUGUAAUUAGCAAUAAUGUUGAAACAACAAACGAAUCAAAUCAAAAGAGUAAAGAUCUAUUGGAUGAUAUAUUUAGUGGAAUCAGUGAUAAUUCACCAAGUAAACCAGCUUCAAGCAUAACAACCACUCCAACUACAACAACAACAACAACAAUCCCUAACUCAACAGCUGAUGACUUUGCUGAUUUUACAAGUUUUGGAAACUGUGAUGGAAACAUAAAAACAACAAUUUCUACUAACCAAGUAAAAGAAUUGAAAAUGACUGAUGAAUUUGCAGAUUUCACCAGUUUUGGUGGAAAUAACAAUAAAGCAACUACUUUACCAGCACCAGCAGCAACCUUAACUACGAGUAUUCAAAAAGAAUCAAAAAUAACUGAUGAAUUUGCAGAUUUUGCUUUCGGUUUUACACCAACCGCUAAUUCGGCCUCAACUUCGUUAACAACGCCUUCUUCGGGUGUAAACAAUGCUCUUUUAAACUCUUCCUUUGAUCUGAAAGCUCAAUCAAAAGCAUCUACUGUUACACCGAUACCAUCAAAUGUUAACAAUAAUCCCUUAAGCUCAAUUGAUUUGUUAAAUAGCGAAUUAACUGGAAUUAAUUUAUUUAACAAUAGUUCUACAACUACAACAACUUCUGGCCUCAUUAAUACCAAUAAUGGUUUACUCGGCGGUGGAGUUGGUGGUGUUACUAUUGGUUUGAAUCAAAGUGGAAUUAAUAAUCCUCUACUCAAUCCAAUUAAUCCUUUCUUAACUGGUCCAUCUCCAUCUUCCAAUGUUAAUAUAUCUACUAAUGCAAGCUUACAAUUUCCGUCAUCAUUACCUUUACUUCAGCCUACACCAAUUAAUUCAUUAUCACCAACGAAUCCCUUAAUUAAUAACAUUCCUGGAAGUGUUAAUAAACCAACAGGUUUAUCAUUAACUUCAACUACUGGACCAGGUAAUAGUAACAAUACCUGGUCCAGCUACAGCUCAAAUGUCAACAUUAAUGUUGACAAUUUAUUAGCAGCUAAAUACGAGAAACAUAAUGCACCAAGUAUGAACCAAUUAGCAGCCAAUAUGGGAAAUAUAAAUUUAAUUGGAUCAAUCCAGCCAAAUGUAUCUCCAGUGAUCAGUCCGAUGAGUUCAUUAAAUCCACUUGCUAAUAAUCCAACCAUGAGCCUUGGUGGUAAUAAUCAUUUGUCCAGUGGAACCUCAUCAAUUGGUCCUAAAUUUGGUUAAACAACAAAUUUGCUUAAAAUUUCAAGACAGAAACUCAAUCAAAGCAACAGGAAAACAAAAGAUGAACACUUUGGAGCUACUUUUUAAAUUCGUUAAUUUAAAUUAAAUGAUAACAAUGAUUAACAAUGAGGCUUAAUGUUUUUUUUUCUAACAUAUUUAACUGUAUUAACCUGUUUAUCCAGAAUUUUUUGUGAAAUUUCUUAUGGCAAUGGAUAAAUAAAGUUUUACUUUGCUAGAA